AUGUUUUAGGUAGUUUUAGGGUGUGUUAAAAUAACUUUUAUUUUAAUUUUAAGGUUGUACAGAAUGUUGCAUGUAGUUUUUAAGGGUGUGUUUAAGUGCAGAAACUGUGUGUCUGUCUCACACAUGCUUAUGGCCCAUUGUCAUGCAGAAGAUCUUCACUCCUAGUUGGGGGGGGGUUGUAUCUGCAUGAUAAGUAGUGGGCGGUACAGUUGUGUGUGUACUGUUGAGGUGUGAGUGUGUGUGUGUGUGUGUGAAGGCCAUAUAUUUUCUACAGGCUGCUCUGCACAGUUCAGUCUUUAUUUUAAUCAGAGUGAGAAUCUGAGGAGCUGGAGGAUGAGCGGUGUGUGUGCUGAGGUGUGUGUGUGGGAUCAGAUGUGGAAGCGAGAUCUUCGGCUGUAUGGAGGUCAGGUGUGCAACACACUCAUGGCUGGUCUAUGGGCAGACAGAACUCCUCUGCACGAUGCAGCUCUGCAAGGUCGUCUGCUCCCACUGAGGAGACUCCUCUCUCAGGGGCUGCAUGCAGAUAUGGUCACACUGAAUGGAGUCACUCCGCUGCAUGAGGCGUGUCUAGGUGGACAUCUGGCCUGUGCCAAACUUCUGCUGGAUCAUGGAGCUAAUGCCAGUGCUGUAUCAGCUGAUGGAGCCACGCCCCUUCUUAAUGCAUGCUACAGUGGGAACCCAGCUCUCCUCAGAGUCCUACUGAAGCACAGCUCCGCCCACCACCCAGCCCACCUGCUCAACUCACCUAUCCAUGCAGCAGCAAAGAGAAAUCACACAGAGUGUGUGGAGCUGCUGCUGUCUCAUGGAGUGAAUGCUAAUAUGGUGGUGGCUGGAGACGGAACACCCCUGUACUGUGCUUGUGAGGCCCGGAGCACCGAGUCUGUCCAGAGACUUCUCCUAUUAGGCGCUGAUGUGCAUUGUGGGCGUGGCUGUGACACACCUCUGCAUGCUGCUGUCAGAGUGGGCGGAGCUAAAGAGGUGGAGCUGUUAUUGGAGCAUGGGGCUGAUCGGAAAUGUAGGAAUUCUGAGGGCCGGACACCUCUGGACCUGACUACAGACAACCAUAUCAAACAUCUACUGCAGACAGCAGGAACUCGAUCUCUUUCACAGUUGAGCCGGUUGUGCAUUCGUCAAACUCUGGGACAAAAAAGACUGAAUAAAGCAAAAGUUCUCCAUUUACCGCACAUCUUACACAGUUAUCUUCUGUAUCAGUAACAUGCCAGAACUUUGGUAGUACAUCUAUUUUGUUAAAAUUGAAAGAGAACCUCGUGCCACCAUAGCAACGUGCAUCUUACAUCUGGGAGUACAAACACACCAGACAGUUCUGGUGAAAAUGGUGAAGAAGCUUUUCCAUGACUGUUAAUGUUAUGGAUGGGGGCUUUUCAAUUACAUAUUUUUUGUUUGUUCAUUUUUAAAGCAGAAAAGAUGACAUUAUUUUUUUUUUAUGAAUAUUCUAAUAAUCAAAAAUGCAGUACUCUCUUUUUUUAUUGUUGGACUGUUAUAUUAUGGAAGGGUGUUAUACUAAAACCUACAACUACAUGUAUAAAACCCAACAUAAAUAUUUUUUAUCCUGUGUUUAUUUCAGGAAAAUGUCUAAAAAUAAAAUGUUUAAAUUUA